UCCACAACUCACCUCCCUCCCUCCGACCCAUCCACCUACCUCCUACUCAGUUACUCAGCAACGAUCACCCAUAUCAAGAUCCGCUGAAUCAAGAGUAUUAGUUAUGGACUAUACUCUGUUCAAUGGAUCCCCCCACGGGUGUUCUCACCUGCGCCAAAUGCGGCGAAACGAAAGAUAGGUUCGAGUUUCUAGACAUUGUCGAGAGCAGCGAUCUUGGAUUCUUGACCGAGUGCCGUUCCUGUCGCGCGCCGACAAUAAGCGUUGAGGCCCUAGCUCCGGAUCCUGCACCAGUUCCUGCAGCGGCCUCGACUAUCUUUGGGCUCGCGGGACCUUACACCGGCCGCCGCACCUGCGAGAGGUGCGGUCAAGAACACGACGGCUUCCAGUUUCUCGAUUUCCACGGCGAAGGCCGCUAUUUUCUGGAAUGCCGUCUUUGUCGCGCCAUUAGGUCCUACAGCGACGCUCCCCCGCCCGUAGUGCCGCCCGGAACCCCUGCUAUUAACGAGCAGUUGUACGGCAGCCUCCCGGGUCAGAGUUUGCUUCCCCUCGGCCCUCUGCCUGACGACCGAUUCCAGGAAAGCGGACAAACUCGUGUUGCAGAGCAGGUGCGCGACGAGAAUCUGCGUCCCAGCAGACCCGAAGAUAGCCCACUGCUCGCGGAACAGUCACACAGUGGCCCGAGACGUCGAGGCAGACCGCGUCUGUAUCGACCGCCUGGUGAGCUGCUACACCGUACCGUCCGGUCUCGAGGUAGGCCUCGGAUUUACAGACCGCCAUCCGAACCGCGGCCUCGGGGUAGACCUCGUACUUAUAGACCGCCGUCUGAACCGCGACCUCGGGGUAGACCUCGCAUACACCCGCGGCCGGACGUGGCGAGACCUUCUACUCCAAGGGAAGGAUCUAGCAAGGAGGAACCGGACAACGGUGGUAAUUAGGAGGGCGGAAGAAAGGGGCUCACACUGCUAAUGCAUGUGUAUACAACGAAUGACUCGAAUCAGAGUAGUAUUCGUUCGUGAGUGUACAUACAGUAGUAUCUAUAUGCCUACUUCAUCGG